GGAAUUCAGUUUCGAAAAUGAGCGCUUCAAGAGAGGACUAUCAGCUCUAAACGAGUCACAUUAUAAUUUUUUUUUUAAAUAAUAUUUUUAAUACUCCAAAUCUCCCGCGAAAUCCAUCAUUGCUCGAUUAAGUGGUCGUGUUUUUGUAAUAAGAAAAAGUAAUAUUAUUAAGCCUUACCGUGUGCCUUGUAGAAAGACAAUUUCUGUCCUAUUUGUUUGUGCAUUUGUGUUGUUAAGAGUGGAGUGAGAGAGAAAAAGUUUCUUUCACCUGAAACUACCUUCUUUUUAAUCCUGGAUUACCACACACUGGAAACAACAUUUUUUUUUUAGUUGAGACUGUGCGAGGGGAGAGUGGUUGCAAAACUAUAUAUAUAUAUAUAUGUUCAAAUAUAUAUAAUUGAUCUGUGCUAGAAACUUUUUGAAAAUUAUCACUCAACAUUUGACCAUAAAUACAUGGAAAUGUUCCAUUAAUUGAUACACAUUAAUUGAGCACAAAAGUGUACGCGCGAUGAAUUCUUUUCUACACUGUUGAGUUGUUUGUUUCUUUUUUUUUUCUGUGUGUACGAGAAAUUUGUAAAAGUUGAUUUUUAUUUUGUAAAAAAAAAUAUAUAUAUUUAGUUUUUGGGUGCUUUGGACAUUUGGCACAUUGCUAGAGAGAGAGAGAGAGUGUGGACUUUUCGGGGGAAAACCCAGAUAAUUUUGGGUGGAAAAACCAUGGAAAACUACCCAUGAAAACGAAUAAAUUUUAAAAACGAAGAGACUUUUUAAGUUAAUCUUUUGAGUUUUCUGUUUUUUGUUGUGUACCCACUACCACCCUACCGAUGGAUACGAAUUUUUUUUUGAAAUAAUAUUCCUCUCCAUUCGAAAAGAAAAAUGCUGACGAGAAGUGUGUGUGAGUUUUUAUAAAAUAUGUGUUGAGAAGAUACACGAAAAGCUAUAACAGAUUAUCUAUUAUUACACAAAAAAAUACCAUUGGAAUGUGCAACACACGAAGAAGAAGUGGCAACAUCGCUCAAAGGAAUUUCAAUAUGGCGGGACAGAGUGGAUAGUACGCCCAUCUCGCUCAAAUAAUAAACCCAAACCCCAUGUGGAGGAGCGAGAAGAAGUUUUGUGUUAUACUGUUGAAUUGAAUUUGUAUAUAGAGUUGGUGCUUGUUGUGUGUUGAAGAAAAAUACAAGAAGUUAUAGAAGUUUGAAAGGAGAGAAGCAGCAAAAAAAAAGUUUUAUAUUUCUCUUGGUUUAUAAAGUGAAAUAGUUGCGGAGAGAAGAAAAACUCAUUUGGCAAAAAAAACACUCCGUGGGGGAAAAGCAAGAAAAAAAGCAGUUGAAUAUGCCAAAAAGACAUAGCAAAAAUGGUGAACUUCAAUUGCCCAAUGGUUGGGAAAUGGCCCAAGACUACGAUGGAAAAAUCUACUAUAUUGAUCACAUCAGUAAGAAAACUACGUGGAUCGAUCCGAGAGACAGAUACACAAAACCAUCAAAUUUCGCCGAUUGCAUUGGCGAUGAAUUGCCAUUGGGUUGGGAAGAGGCCUAUGACACCAUCAUUGGCCGAUACUAUAUCAAUCACCUCAAUCAAUCAACACAGCUUGAAGAUCCGCGACAAGAAUGGAAAAUUGUCCAAGAGGCCAUGCUUCGUGAAUAUCUCAAUUCAGCACAGGACGUGCUUGAGGCGAAAAAGGAAAUCUUUGAUGUGAAACAGAGGCGAUUAAUGUUGGCCCAAGAUGAAUUUAACAAUCUUAAUGCCAUGGCUGCAAGUAGAACUAGUCUUUAUUCGUCGUCGAGUUCAAUAAGUACCAAAUUCGAUCCAGAACUUCUUAAAGCCGACCUGGCACUAUCAAAGGAGCGCGUCCGACGACUGAAGCGAGAACUAGCACAAAUAACAUCAGAAAUUUCCUUCACGCAACGAGGAGUAGAUACUCUCUACAGUGUGGAGCAGAAGUUGAGUUCUCGCGAGAAUGGAUGCUACAACCUGGCUGAGGUUCAAGCGAUACGUGACGAGAUGAUCAAAAUACAGAAGAAUCUCGUAUCUGGGGAACAGGAGAAGAAGGAACUAAAGCGUAGCCUAACACAACUCAAAUACGAUCUGACGAGGCUACAGUACGGAAAUGGAAGCCCUGUGGCAUCGGCACUCAAUUUGGCUCAAGAUCGCGUUUGUGCAUCAUCGCAGACAGAUUUGUGUGCUGAUAUCUUCCCACUUGGUGCUCGUUUGGCAGAAGUGGCAAAGACUCGACUGCAGUACGAUGAGUGGAAGAAGCGAAUAAAGUUCCUUCAGCAGCAACUUGCAGAUCAUGUUGAGAGGAUAGAACCAGGGCAGUUGGAAUCGGACAAAGAUCGCCUUUUGCUCAUUCAAGAGAAGGAACAAUUCCUCAAGGAACUCCGGAGUAUACCGGCCUCGUCCAAGACACCCAAAGAGAUGGCUGAAAUUCAGGCAACGUGCCACCAGUUGGAUCAGGAACUCAAUCAGGAGUAUGAGUACAGCAAUCAGUGCAUAGCAAAUAGGUUGCGAGUUCACGAGGAGAAACAAGUGCUGCUGCAACAGCUACAAGAUGCUCUGAGGUCGACAAAACUUCUCGAAGAGCGCCUCAAGAGCCUUUCAUCGGGAAGUACGUUCUCCAUUAGUAGCGGAUCUAGUCUUGGCUCUCUAUCAACUGCCAGCAGCAAGGGAUCUCUAUCGGGUCUGAGUUUCACCGACAUCUACGGUGAUCCACUAUCUACGGAACCUCAGGUGGACAUGGUUGACCUCCAGAGGCGAAUUCAGAGCCUUUCGCACCCCUCAGAGGUCUCCCUAUCACCCCGCAGUAGCCUAUCAAUGGAAACACCUCCUGCAUCGCCAAUGAAAGACUCUUCCGAGUGUGCCACGAAAGGUGAUGAACCAACGUAUGAGAAUACCAAGAAUUUAGACUUGAACAACACCGUUUUGGAUUGCAUGCGACUCGAAGAGCGUCUGCAGGAGUUGGAGUUUAAGCAAUCUCUCGGAUUAGCACCACAGCUAUCGCCAAUUUAUGAGAAACCUUCCCUUUUGGAUCUGCCACAGCAGCAAAUAGCCAUGUCCCGAUCAUCUUCAGCCUCAAACACGCGAUCAGUGUCAGCAGCUGUUAGCAAUGAAUCCGUAGCUGGGGAUUCUGGGGUCUUUGAGGCAUCGCGUGCUUUGCUGCCAAAUCGUGAAGCUGCUCAGGUACAAAUUGGACUUAAAUACUCCAAAGCAGACGGUGUCCUGCAUAUUUCACUGGAAAGAGCGCGAAAUCUCACGGCUCUGUGUCUGCAAGAGCAGUGUCAAAUGUACUUCAAAGCUGCUCUUUUGCCAAAUUCGUCACAAACACUGCGUACAAAUAAUUUCACAGAUUUCCAGAAACCAGUAUUUGGAGAUAGUUUCUCAACGCCCAUUCAUCUGCACAAAGUCUUCACGAAGACUCUUCAAGUUAAUGCAAUGGCGAUAUUUGGUGGACAGCGGGAAGAGUGUAUUGGAUGUGCUCAAGUGAGCCUAGCUGAGUUCAAUGCAGACGAUGCAACACUCAAAUGGUACAACAUCCUCAACUUCCGCUACUUGAACAACUUGGAAACCUUCGAGGUUGCUGGAGCAUGCAAAGAGGAAUCAUCCGAUGAGUCCACAAUUAUUUCCUCCCAAACAUCGACACUAACACGCAAUCAGGGUCAAGAGGAUGCUCACAAUGCUGCCCUAGCGAUGGAAUUGAAUCAAAGACUGAAUAUUAACAGCGACGAUGAGGAGCAAUCUGCCGAAGCGAGUGGUGGGAAGGAUGAAGAUGAGGAAUCAAGUACAGAGGAGGAUGAAGAUCAGAAUGAAUCAACGGAACAAAUGUUGGCAGACUACAUGAAUGAAGUGCAAAACUUUACGCCGGAAAUGGCGGACAAGGAGACCAACACCGAAUGUGCCUUUCUGCCUGAGAAAGCCCGGAGACGCCUCCAAGAAACGGCAGCCAUGUCCAAAGAACCCAUUGAUGAUCGUCUUGUUAAACGAUCACAAACCUUUUCACCAAGUGCUGUUGUUAGCAAGAAUCGAAUCUGCAGACUCAAUAGAAGUGAUUCAGACUCAGCCAUGCAUUUUGGAGCAGCCACACUCCUUCAUCCCUUCCAGAGGAACUCCAUUGAACGAAGAUCUCUUCGUUUCCACAAUAGACUACCAAAACCCGUGACCAGUAAGUUAGAAAAUCAUUUUCAUUGCCUUUUUGAUGUGCUAAAUUCUUUUUUCGUCUUUCAAUGUGCAGAAAUACAUCCAUCGUCAAUUCCACGCACAAGUCUAGACUUGGAAUUGGAUCUUCAGGCGCAGAAUACAAAACUCGAGACACUCAAUGAUGAAAUUGCAAAAUUGCGCGAUUUGAAGCAGCGCCUUGAGCAAGCGAGGGAUGCCAAUGAUGCUAAAGUGGCCGCUUGGGCACUUGAGAAUGAGGAUUUCCAGAAAUUAGUUGAGAGUGCUGAUCCGAAGACGCCAGACGAUAAGAAAUUGCAGAAGCUCAUGCACAAAAAAUCCAAGGAAAUUUACAAGCUUCGCAAGACACGACUUGGCAAGGGGCAGCCUGAUAUUGUUUCAUUUAAAGAAAAGAUGGCGUUUUUCACACGAAUGGGAAUGUCAGUGCCUGAAUUGCCAACGGAAAAUACAUCAAAUGAGGAUCUGACCCUCCCGGAGAAUCCCCAUGGGCCUCUCAAUCCAUCCCGUAGGAGGAAAAUCCCUCCACCACCUAGCUAUCCACACGGAGAAACUGCACAAAUUCUGCACACAUCUGCUGAGGUGCAUCCAAUCCCAACACCACGGACAAUAAAUGAGAGCAUUGCCGAAGAAACUGAACCUGACUACGUUGUUGACCGAAACUAUGGUGUGGAAGUGUAAGGACGACACCACGGGGUGCUCUUUCUAAAACAUUUUCAUUUCAUUUUUGCUCGAGAGCCUCAAAGUGCAAUAACUAAGAUUAGCAGAAAAGUAUAUAAAAAAAAUAUAUAUAUAAAUGUAAACUUUAGUCUCUCAUGAAAAAUUAAUCACACAAAACACUAUUUUUUCACAGUAUCCAGAUCAUUUUUUUUUAAUUGCUUCCUUGACUCUGUGAUUUUUAAGUAGCAUGAACAUUUCUUAUUUUAUUUUUAACGAUAGUAAUAUAUUAUUAACAUUUUUUUUACAACUUUAGGCUCUAUUGAUGGAGUACGCGCAAUUAAUAUGUGUCUAUUGCUCUAUAAUAUUUAAUUAGUUACUUUGUCUGAGAUCACUGCCUUCAAAAGCUUGGUAUUCAUUCGCAAAUUAAUUUGAAUUCUCAAUUUUUGAAAAAUGAAAAACUCAUUUACUUGGCAAAUGCCAUUUUCUUGUGUCAAAAUUCAACGUUUUAACGUUUACUUUAGGAUCUUUUCGAGAAUGCCAGUGUUAAAAAAAUUUGCUUUUACAGAAAUUAAGGAAUUGCCGGAAUUGCUAUUUAAUUCUUAAAUUAAAUACCGAAAAUUUAAAAAAAAAUUAUCAAGAAAAAUUUUGCAUUGAGCAAAUGGAGGGAUAAGUUUGAUUUUUGGCCAUCCCACCGAGAAAUGUCAUCUAAUUCUAUUAUUUUCUCCAUUAAUAUUAUUAUUCUUUAAAAAUUAAGAGGAUUUCUGGGGUGGGAUUAGCUUGUUUUGAAAUUAUAGGAAAAAGAAAAGAAAAACUGAACGAAUGGUUAUCAAAAUAAAUGUUAUGUUUGUCAAUGAAUUAGUUAGUUAUAUAUAGAUGACAAUAUUGAAUAUUUAUAAUGUUAAGAUUGAAUAAAGAAAAAUCAAAACAUGCAAGUAA